AUGGCAGAGGUGGGAGUGUCGGUGGCAGCAAAACUUGCUGAAUAUUUGGUGCAUCCAACUUUACAGCAGCUGCAAUAUUUGUUCUGUGUGGACAAAAUCACCAAAAAUGUUGAGAUCCGAAAGGAAGAGCUGAUCCUGAAGCAAGGGAGGGUGCAGGAACGCGUUCAAGAGGCCAUCAACAGGACUGAGAGGAUUGAUGAUGAGGUUCACAGGUGGAAGAAUGACGUGAAGAGCCUCAUAGCAGAGGUGGAGAAUUUGGAGGAAAGACUAAGGGCUAAUCAUGGCUGCCUUCGAGGGUGGUGUCCUACUUGGAGGAGAUAUUAUAUCUGCAAAAAGUUGGCUAAGACAAUCCGGAGGAUGAUUGAUCUAAUUACGAACAGUAAUCGCUUGGAUCCAUUUUCCCAUCCCGUUAUUCCUCCAAAUAUAGAAUAUCGCUCUUCUCAAAACUUCAAGUUCUUCAACUCUGCACAAAUGGCUUUUGAUCAGCUGUGGGAGGCAUUGCACGAUGAUGGUAGCUCCAUGAUUGGGCUAUGGGGAAUGGGAGGGUCAGGGAAAACCUCCUUGAUGAGACUUGUGGAAGAGAGAGCCGAGAAGUCACAGCUCUUUCGUCGAGUCGUGCUAACUACAAUUUCUCAAAGCCCAGAUAUAAGAAAAAUUCAAGGUGAUAUUGCUGAUGCGUUGGGGCUCGAAUUGAAGGAAGAAUCUGUAACGGGAAGGGCAAAAAGAAUAGCACAACGAUUACGAAGUGGAGAACGAAUUUUGAUGAUACUGGAUGAUCUAUGGGAUGUGCUGACUCUUGAGGACAUAGGGAUUCCUUUAGGGGAAAAUCAUCAAAGAAGUCUCAAAGUUGUCCUAACCACACGCAUUCUUGAUGUAUGUAACAGGAUGGAAUGCCAAAAGAAGAUUCGACUUGAUUUGUUAAAAGAAGAUGAAGCUUGGACAUUGUUUCAAACUCAUGCUAAUUAUGUCUAUGAUGUUGCCAAAGAAGAUAUGGCACGAGAAAUUGCUAUAGAAUGUAAGGGCCUACCUAUUGCAAUUGUAGUUGUGGGUACUUGCUUGAAAGAAAAAGGAGUUGAUGAGAUCAAGGUGAUGUUGUAUCAGUUGAGGAACUCGAAGCCAAACAUUGUGGAUGAAGGAGUGAGUAAGGCUUUUACUUGUCUUGAAUUAAGCUAUGAUUAUUUGGCAACCCCAAAAGCCAAGUUAUUGUUGUUAAUGUGUGCUAUGUUUCCUGAAGAUCAUAAUAUUGAUGUUGAAGACCUUUUCAGAUAUGGAGUGGGUUUAGGUCUAUGUGAAGAUGUGGACUCAUUUGAAACAGCGAGGAGCCAAGUUAGAGCAACUAUAAAUUAUCUCAUUGACUCCUCGUUGCUGAUGCAUUCUUCAAAAUUCAACACCAAGUCACAAGAAUAUGUGACAAUGCAUGAUAUGGUUCGUGACUUUGCAUUGUGGAAAGCAUCUAAAGAGGAUCGUACCAUUAUGGUAAAUUGUACAAAAGAAUUGAAUGAAUUGAUGGCUGAUGAAGCCAUACAAAAUUGCUAUGCCAUAUCCUGUUGGUAUGAGAACAACAAAAUACUUAAAUUUUCUUCUCAAUUGGCUGCUUCAAAACUUGAGUUUCUAAUGUUACAUUCAAGAGAAUCCUUGGAUAUGUCACAUGCAUCAUUUGAAGGCACUAAAGGACUCAGGGCAUUAAUUAUUUGCUCGCGUGAUUGGAUUAGGAGUGAACUGCAACUUCAAUCAAUCCAACACUUGUUUAAUCUUCGAACUUUGCGAUUGCAACAGCAGGAUUUACAUGACAUCUCUGUUGUGGUAAGCCUUCCAAGACUUGAAAUUCUUGACUUGAAAUAUUGUAGAUUUGAAAGACUACCAAAUGGAAUUGAAAAAUUAAACAAGUUGAAGUUGUUAGAUUUGUCAGGUUGCAUAAUAGAUGAAUGUUGUUAUGAAGUGAUAGGAAGGUGCUCACGGUUAGAAGAGUUGUAUGUUUCCUCACAUUCUCCACAUAUAGAAAAUGGAAAUUGCUAUGAAUACCUUCUAGGCCCUUCUGCUUUGGUGAAAUUGGAAAGGUAUAGUUUGGAAGUUGGGAAGUAUGGUGGGACCCGCUUGUUGCUUCAUAAUGAAAGCCAAAGAUCUUUACGAUUGGGUCAGUUAAAUAUCUCUAUGUUAGGUGCAAGAAUCAAAGACCUUGCACAAAGAGCAGCUGCGAUUGAAUUUUAUGAGCUUAAGGGGGGCAUCAAAAGUUUCAUGGCUAAUAUUAUCCGAGUUGUAGGAGGCAUGAAUGAGUUAACUGGACUUGCCCUUCGAAGAUGUUCAGAGAUUGAAUGCAUUGCCGACAAAAUGGCUCCUCAUGAAGAUGCAGUUGUCCCCAGAUUAGAUGAGUUAAAUUUAGAAGACAUGGACAAUCUUAAACAACUACAUCAUGGUCCUUCUCCUUUUGGAUUAUUCGAAAAGCUCAAAAGAUUAAGUAUCGUCAAAUGCCCUCAAUUGCUCCACAUAUUCCCUGCUGAUUGCAACUUAGGCAAUCUUAAGCUUCUCGAAAUUAUUAGCUGUUCGAUGUUGACAUGUCUCUUCCCCAUCUCUGCCGCAUGCACUCUGUUAUCCAUAGAGGAACUCCGCAUAGGAGACUGCAGUGAAUUGAAGCAUGUCAUAGAAGGAGAGGGUGGUGGUGAUGCAUGCGAGAAUUUGAGCUUCCCAAAAAUGAAAAUUUUAUCUGUUGAUGAUUGCUGCAAAUUAGAAUCUGUAUGCCCAGCCUUUUUAGCUCAAAGGCUUGUAAAAUUGCAGGACCUAUCCAUAAGAAAUGCUCCUAAGAUGAAAUUUGUGUUUGGUGAAAAUGCUGGUGAAGAACAACCAAUGCAUGAUCAAGAUGAGAUUCAGUUAGUUCUCCCUCUUUUGUUACAUCUCUUCAUGGUAAAUCUUCCAAAUCUUGUCGGACUUUGCUCACAGAGGUAUCAUCCAAGGUUUCCAUCUAUAAAGGCUGUAUAUUGGGGGGAUUGUCCAAAUAUGGAACUUGAGAGCCACCAGAGGAAUGAAGAACACGAGUCGUUGGCAACUAUAGAACGUAUUCAACUUUAUAACUGCGGAGUAGAAUCCAUUUCCCUCUAUAAGACGCGCGUUGAAGAACAAUAUCCAACAUUUCAAUCCCUUAAAGAACUAGUCUUGUAUAAUCAUGCAAGAUUGAAAUUUGUCUUUUCUGCUGACAUGUGUCAAAGUCUUCUAGAGUUAACUUCUAUAACCAUAUCUCGUUGUGAGGAGUUGGAGGCGAUCUUUUCGGAGAAUGAAGAGACUCAGAAAAAUCCACCUAAUGCUGAAUCUUGUCUCCCGAAAUUCAAGACGUUGGAAGUCUCUGAGUGCAACAAGCUUAAAUUCAUUUUAUCUUUCAUGAUUGGUCCUACUGUCUCAAUGCUGCCACAACUAAGCACUCUAGGCAUAUCAAAUUCUUCCGAAAUGGAAGAAAUUUUCAAAUGCCCAAAUAUUGAAGAUCAUCACAUUGAUAGCAGUGAAAAGGAGAUUACAUUCCCGAACAUGAAAUAUCUGAAACUUGAGAACUUGCCAAGACUUGUUAAUGUCUGCCAAGGAUUCAAGUUGCAGACAGGGGAGUUUUGCACGGUUGCGGUUCAUGACUGCCCAAAACUUAUGCCAAUUAUGGGUGCAUUUAUUCAUUGGACUAAAGAGGGGCUUGUAAGGGAGUAUGUGUUGAGAUACAACCAAUUAAAUAAUAAUGAGGCUCUCAAUCAUCCGCUUCCUGUUCUGAAUGCCGGAGAGCUUGAUAUUCGAAGUCCUGGAGUUGAACACAACUGCCGAGUGAUUGGUGAUGAUGAGGAGGAAGAAACCAACAACUCAGGAAUGUUGAGAUCAGAACAACAAAUGCUGGGAGGUCUUGUUCCCACGCAAGUUUUGAGCUUUCAACAUCUCCAUUCCUUAGAAGUAACUCACGAUAAAAAGUUGAAGUUUUUGUUCACAAGAAGCACUAUUGUCCACACCAGCCUUCCCAAAUUGGCUUCCCUAAUCUUAUCUGAUUGUGAAGAACUAGAGGAAAUAAUUGCAGAAAGUGAGGAACAUCAGAUCAUGUGCAGUGCUGAGGUUCACUUCCCAAAACUAAGAAAGUUGAAGGUUGAGAGGUGCAACAAGCUCAAAAGACUCUUCUCUACGUCCACGGGUAUUAUUCUUCCACAACUAUACACUUUGUCAAUAGCUGAGGCUAAUCAACUGGAGGUGAUUUUUAGACACAGCAGUGAAGGUGAUGCGAAUUCCAGUGAGGCAAUUGUGCUUUCCAGCUUGAGGACGAUAACGCUAACAAAUUUGUCAAAUUUGAAAAGUAUCUGUCAAGGAUUGCAGAUUCAGGUGCAGCUGAGCAGCAUCAGCAUACGGAACUGCCCAAAAUUUGUGGAUUCAACGUUGGGAAGGGCUCUUCAACAAUUGGGAACGACAUCAGUAUGA